AGUGGCCGGUUGUACGGGUCGUGUAUCAGUCGCUCGGUGCCAUAGUUACUGUUAGCAGCCACACGCUGUGUGUGUGUGUGUGUGUGUGUGUGUGUGUGGAAGGAUUCACAAUGAAAGCAGCUUCAUUUUAUUUCCAUUUCUAGUGUUUGUGGAUAUUAAGGAGCACCACCGCCCUGCAGGUAGUAAGAGAUCCAGGAGAUGACGAGCUUCCUGCUGCUCCGCUGAGACAUGUCUGAAGGACUGCAAACACAUUCUGCAGAAUGAUAAGCAUGCUAUGACUCUGAGACGAUGGCCAGCGAACCCCUCGAAGGUUUCCACGAGGUGAACCUGGCAUCACCCACCACGCCGGACUUGCAUGGCGUGAACGAGCCGCACACGCCGAAGCCCAGCGCGCCGCCCAGCACCCUGUACCGCACACACUCCCUGAGCUCGAACACCUGCCCUCCUAACACUCUCUAUGUUGACCAGUUACCCACCCAGCCGGUUUACCCUGCUCCCAGAGACCUGGACAACGAUGAGCCACACAACGGCAGCAUGUCUGGACCAGAGGGCUCAGCCUCACAGGAGGCGGGACCAGGUGACGGGAGCGCCUCAUUGGCCGAUAAUGGCGAGGACCCGUUGAGCACAGACAGCCUGUCACGACUCAGAAGCCCUUCUGUGAUGGAAGUCAGAGAAAAGGGAUACGAGAGGCUGAAGGAAGAGCUGGCCAAAGCCCAGCAGGAGCUUAAGUUAAAAGACGAGGAGUGUGAGAGACUUUCUAAAGUCAGGGACCAGCUGGGGCAGGAGCUGGAGGAACUCACUGCUAGCCUGUUUGAGGAAGCUCACAAGAUGGUGCGAGAGGCGAACGUAAAGCAGGCCAAUGCAGAGAAGCAGUUGAAGGAAGCCCUGGGGAAGAUCGAUGUUCUCCAGGCCGAGGUGGCCGCACUGAAGACUCUUGUUCUGUCCACGUCUCCAACGUCACCGUGUAAGGAGCUGCCAUCAGGCUCCAAGGUGCCAUUUAAGAAAGGCCAUGCGCGCAAUAAGAGCACCAGUAGUGCUAUGCUGGGCAGCCAGCAGGAGCUCAGCGCUCCACAACCCAUCAUACGUGACUGCAAGGAGGUGGAUUCCAUUCUAUUCAAUGAGUUUAAGGCAUGGAAGGAGGAACCCACUCUCGAGAGGAAUUGCUCUUUCUUGGAAAGAGUCUACAGAGAGGACAUUUACCCGUGUCUCACAUUCUGCAAGAGUGAGCUGGGCUCAGCCAUCCUGGAAUCUGUGGAGAGAAACACACUGAGUGUGGAGCCAGUGGGAUUCCAGCCGCUGCCUGUAGUGAAAGCCUCAGCUGUGGAGUGUGGAGGACCCAAAAAGUGCGCUCUCAGCGGCCAGACUAAAACCUGCAAGCACAGAAUCAAAUUCGGGGACUCCAGCAACUACUAUUACAUUUCUCCAUUCUGUCGGUAUCGGAUCACCUCCGUCUGUAACUUCUUUACUUACAUUCGCUACAUCCACCAAGGACUGGUCAAGCAGCAGGAUGCUGAACAGAUGUUCUGGGAGGUCAUGCAGCUGCGUAAGGAGAUGUCAUACGCCAAGCUGGGCUACUACAGAGACGAACUGUGAGCACCGGGCAAGGAGACCAUGUCUGAAAUAAUCAUGUGCAGGGGGAUGGGGUUCUGCAGUUAACCAAGAGGUGUCACAGGGACCAGUUCUCUUUCCUCUCACCUCAACACUCCAGCACUGUGUGUGUGUGUGUGUGUGUGUGUGUGUGUGUGUGUGUGUGUGUGUGUGUGUGUGUGUGUGUGUGUGUGUGUGUGUGUGUGUGUGUGUGUGUGUGUGUGUCAGAGCUUAACCGUCUAUGUUUCCAGGCCCUUUCCUAUUUAAAGUCCAACAGGAGUUGCUGAAGUAGAUUACCGGAGUUGAGUUUGUGUACUGAUCACUACAUGAAGGAGAAUCACAGAGAUUAAUGCUGGGUUUGUUUUUCCAUUCCAUUCUGUACACCUUAGACAAGAAAGCAUCGGACCCCAUACACUCGACUCCACUUGUGCUUUCGGUUCACUCUAAAUUUAGCUAGCGGUGUGCUGUUGUGUGUGUGUGUGUGUGGAAUGUGCCGUACAUCUGUUUUUUCUUGGAACUGUCUCAUCGGUCGUUUGUGCAUUUUCUUCCACAUCUCAUCACUCUUUAACCCAUUUUGAUUUUUAGUGCCUUUCUGAAACACCGAAUAAAAUUGUAUACCUCCA